AAUAUGUCUGUUGCUUCAAAUGGUUUCAGCCAAUAGUUGAUGGUAGAAUAUUGGACUUUUGAAUUGGUUGAUCUAUUAUAAACUGGGAACAUGUUCAGGCUAUCGCAGCGUCCUCUAGCAGCACAUAAAUGCAAUGUGGUAAAAGUCCACAUACGAAAUCAAAGGGAAGCAUUGGGUACGUUGAAUUUUAAAAAUUAUAGACAGUAUCAUAAUGAUUCUAAGUUCAAGGCAUCAUCCAAUAGAUUCAGUGGGUUAGGGAUAGGAUUGAUCAUUGGGGCUGGGAUCAUUGCCAGGCCCACUAUAUGGAACGACGUGAGACCUAUCCAUAGUGAUAAGCAUAUUUUAAGACCAAUACAAAGUGCUGAUACUUAUGAGAACGGUCUAUAUCAAGCUUCUCGAAAUGAAGAGCUUGAGCUAUUUAAUGAUUAUAGAAAAUCAAAAGUGAGCAAGGGCAAUUGGUUAUUUCGUUUAUUCUUUAGAAUUAAAUUUGCUGUUGAUGAUUAUAUAUUAGAUCCAAUAAUUACUUUGACUAGAAUCAUAGAAUUAUCGGCAAUAUUUUUACCAGUUUUAAUCUCAGCUCCGAUCUGUUUCUUUGGUAAGAAGCAGAAAAAGUCCGGAAAUACUUCAUUCAAGGCUAAUUCUACCAGUUCGAAGGAGAAUUCAACUCAAUCGCCGUCUGAUCCAAGUUCAACUACAAUUUCUACGCCUUCAUCACAAUCUUCAUCACAUGUCCCUGUAAAAUCUGGUGCUCUCUUAUGGUAUCGAUAUCUUAGAUGGUCACUUGAAGCUGCUGGUGCUUCAUUUAUCAAAUUAGGUCAAUGGGCAGCAUCAAGAACUGAUAUUUUUUCAAAAGAAAUGUGUGAAGAAUUAAGUUGUUUACAUUCAAAUGCUAAAGCCCAUUCUCUACAGGCGACUAAAAAAAUUGUUAGUGAUAGUUUUGGUAUGCCCUUUGAUGAAAUAUUUGAUGAAUUUAAUGAGAGCCCAGCUGGUGUUGGGGCAAUUGCACAAGUUUAUAUUGCGAAAUUAUCCAAAAAAGCAUUAGAUCAAGCAAAAGGUCAAAAUUCAAUAGAGAAUUUGAAUUUAGACUUAUCUAGUCCAGGUGAUGAAGAAGGUAAAAGUUCAACAGCUCCUGGUGAGCAUCAACAAUUUCUUGAUAAAUUAAUUGUAACUGAACAACACGGUGAAUCAUUAACCUCCAAUCAGCAAGUUGCUAUUAAAGUAUUACAUCCAAAUGUUGAAGUUAAAAUUAAUCGAGAUUUGAAAAUUAUGAAAUUAUUUGCUGAUUUUAUUAAUAUCAUUCCAACUAUGGAAUGGUUGUCAUUACCAGAUGAAGUUGAACAAUUUUCAAUAUUAAUGAGACUACAAUUAGAUUUAAGAAUUGAAGGACUAAAUCUAGCAAAAUUCAGGUAUAAUUUUAAAAAUAGAUUAGAUAUUUAUUUCCCGAAACCAUUUAUGAACUUUACUUCACGGGACGUUUUGGUUGAACAGUACAUUCACGCUAUUCCAAUGAGUAAAUUAUUGAGUUUGAAAGAAAACUAUGGUCGAAAUCUAUCAAAAGAAGUUAGUGAUAAGAUAUUAGAUUCAUUUUUAAAAAUGCUUAUUUUGGAUAAUUUUAUCCAUGCUGAUUUACAUCCGGGAAAUAUGAUGGUAAGGUUCUAUAAAAACGAAAUGUUCAAACAUGAAAAAGAAUACAAGAUUGUCAAAUCUAGUAAUGAAGAAGAAACAAAUAGAAUCACUAGCGAAUUACUAUCACUUGAUAAAGAUGACCAUGAAUCUUGGUAUAAUAAAUUAUCUCAAUUGUAUCAAGAAGGCUAUCAUGCAGAAAUAUGUUUUCUUGAUGUUGGAUUAAUCACUGAAUUGAAUCAUGUUGACCGUUUUAAUUUUAUUGACUUAUUUAGAGCAUUAUCAGAAUUUGAUGGUUAUAAAGCAGGAGAAUUAAUGGUUGAGAGAUCAAGAACUCCAGAAACCGUUAUUAAUAAAGAAAUAUUUGCCUUAAAAGUUGAAAAAUUAGUGGAUCGUAUGAAACAAAGAACGUUUACUUUAGGAAACAUAAGUAUUGGGGAUUUAUUAGAUCAAGUUUUAGGAAUGGUUAGGGGGCAUCAUGUAAGAAUGGAAGGUGAUUUCAUAACGGUUAUUGUGGCGAUUUUGUUAUUAGAAGGAAUCGGUAGACAGUUAGAUCCAGAUUUGGAUUUAUUUGCAAGUUCAUUACCUGUAUUGAGAAAGUUGGGAGUCCUGAAAGAAGGACGUGAAAUAUUUAAGAAUGAAAAUUCAUUAAAUAUGAUGAAAGUUUGGUUAGCCCUUGAAGUUAGACAAUUCAUCCAUGCAUCAAUUCAAGACAUACAUGCGCUUGUCAAGGCUGAUAUGCUUAGUCCCAACGUAUAAGUGUAAAAUCGUAAAUCAUGGACUAAAAAGGGCUAAAUCAGAUUUAAAUUUUUGAAUUUGUGAAGAAACCGUCCUUGAUAUGUAUAUCACUAUUGUUGAAUUAUCAUGUCUCACCGUCUAACCAGGUACCACAACCUUAUUUUGGUAUUUAGCAACGCUAUGAUGGAUAUCCCUACCUACAUUGAAGAGUCUGCAUUGCCAUGUUUUAUCAUCUCUCAGAAGUAACGGCCGAUUAA